AUGAAAAGACUUCUAUUUCUUUGCUUAAUCAUCUUGAAAAUAUCAUGAGCAUCAAUCUCUAGAAUUGCAAUCGUAUCAUCACGACAAUAUAUUUCUAAUUCACUAGUUACUCAAAGUUUAUCGACAAUUCAAGCAUCAUCUUAUUGAUCUUUUUCCUGCUUUUAUCAUCAAAUCACAUCAAUUACCUCCUCAACUUUCUAUAACAUUUAUUCAAUUCAUGUUACUGACUCAACAACAAUCCUUAUUCAGCUAUCACGAAACAAGUCAGCCUUUCAGCACAUAGUAGCUUUGGGUUCCGCUUCGCAGACAUUAAGUGUGGAUGUAGCUGAAAAUCUUGAAGAUUGAUUUUUAAUAAAUUUCGUUGUUUCUUGGACUGGGGUAGCGCAAAAGAAUGAUUUGCUACUUAAAGUAACUAGUCUAAGUACAGGCGAUACAUGGUAUAAUUCAAUAACAGGACUUACAAAUGGUGUGGUUACAAGCUUAAGUGGGAGCAACUACAAAAUUGACUUUGGAGAUUCUGAUUUUACAAGCACAAAUUGAGCGCUUAUAUAUGAUAUGAUGUAUUUUAAUGAUUCAUAUUAUACAAAUCUUACUGGAUCAAGUAAUACUACUAUAUCUACAACCAAUUGCCCAUCUGAUUCAAGUCAAUCUAUAUCUUUAUCUAGUCCUUUAUCGAUAGCUAUACAAAAUAGUGAAUAUUCAGUUCAGCUUCCAUUUUCUAUAUCAGACUAUUCGUAUGAACUUAGCUGCACAAUUAGUUUAACUUCUCCAAGCGAUGGCUCUGCAAGCUGUACGAAUGGGCUUUUUACUAUUAGUAAUCCUACUUCUGCUGGAACUUAUACUUUCUCAUCUAGCUGUAGCUCAGUGAUUCGCUCUUCAGUUGUUUCAAUAAGUAUAGCAUCAACUGCACUAUUGGCAAUAUCAGCUUUCACUACACAUAGUUAUAGCCUAAAUAGCUUAGCAAAGAUUCCGGUCGAGUUUACAGAUUCUGUGUAUGGCACAACUUCUGCUGCAUAUACUUAUCAAUUGACUACAAGCUCGACAUAUAUGUUUUUAGACACUUAUUCUUCUACAACUCCAUACAUAGUAUGGGCUAUAAUUAGUAGUGAGACUGCUGCUGUGACUAUAAAAAUAACUGAUAUAGGAUCCCAAACAGUAAGUCUUUCUGAUACCUUUAAUACUGAAACAACAACAACAGCAAGUUCAGCCACUGUAACUGCUCCAGAGAUUAACACUCAAUACACUCCAAUUUAUUGUGUUACAAAUAGAAUCUGUCUUUCUGCUAUUUCUGAUCUAAUUUCUAAUCCAGAUAAUCUUGUGCUCACUAUCACAGCUACUCAUUUUAAAGUAACUAGCGAAUAUUUAUAUCUCGAAUCAAGCACUUCUACGACUUUUACUGAAACUUUAAGUAUUACUGACAACUACGCAAAUCAAUAUGCUUUUAGCAUUGACGUAGCUAUCAGUUCCCCAUUAUUAAUUUCUCCAGUGCCUAGCCAAUGAUAUUCUGAUUCAACUAAUAGCAUUGAUAAUCAACUGAUAGUUUAUUAUGAAUCGACACUAAUUACAAAUUAUGAAACACCAAUAAUUAUAACCCCAUACUCCAGUUCAUACCUUUCAUUUUCAAGCAGCAGCAUAACAGGCACAGCUUUGGACUCAUAUAAUGGGAUUCUGCAUGUAAUUUACAUAGAAAAAUUAACCCCCAAAACCUAUGGGUAUAUGUACUUCUCAUAUGCUUAUCUUGCAUGUCCAUCGCUGCCAAGCAAUUCAAGCCCAUUUCAAGCUACUUAUGGUGUCUUAUUUACUUCUGGAAGCUUUUUUGCAGAUAGCCAAGGGGCAUAUGAUUAUUCUAUUUCUAGCACAGAUUCGUCUAUUAAAAUAGAGGAAUUCAGAGGAAUUAUAACGUGGCCUAGCCCUACAUCAUCAAUCUCUGUGACAGUAUCAAUUUCAGACAAAAGGUGCUCUGUGAGGAGUUUAUCUUAUCAAAUAACAGUAAGUGGAGGCAAUGUGGGGACCAUUACACUUCCAUCAGCCGAUACUUUUCUUCUGUAUUAUCAUACAACUUUUUCAGCCCAGGCUGCUACAAGUUUGUCUAGUAUUAGCUCAGUUACUAUAUCUCCAAAUGAUAUUACAGCAGCAUCCUCAGGGUCAAAUAUAAAUUUGUCAGAUACAUAUGUAAAUUAUCAAACCAGCAAAAGUUUUACUCUUACAGCAACUGAUGGUACAAAUUCAUGCAGUGCCGAUUUCUAUGUUACAAUUUACAUCCCUCCAUCUCCUGCAAUACAAUCUUCGCUAUGGCCUUCAGACUAUUAUUGUUUAACUGGUUCAACUUAUACUCUUGAUGUUAGCAAAUGUAAUUUAUACUUAGAUGUAACUUACUAUAUAAACCCAUAUGAAGGAAGCCUUGGGGUUUACCCACAAAUUAAUAUGCCUUUUACUAUCAACAACAUGCUCUUGACUUGGCCAAACCCUUCAGGCUCUCAAUCCUUUGGUAUAAUAGCCUGCGUCAAUCUGGAGUUUUGCAUUCCACAGACAUUAGCAACAAUUGCUUGCCAUAAUUUGCAAAUAAUCAUUCCAUCAACUGCAAAUUUAUACGCCCAUGUUAAAUUUACGUUAAGCGUUACGGCGACAGAUAACAGCAAUAGUAUUUCAAUAUCAGGACUAACUAGCUUAUAUCUCACUGGUGAAAAUCCUCCAGAUAUGACAGUUGACUCAUCAACAGGAGUUAUAUCUUGGACUCCAUCUGACUAUUAUGCUGGAAAGACUAUAACUCCCCUACUUUAAAGUUGCUCAAAUGAUUGCGCUCCAAGUUAAAGGGAGGUUAUUUUAUUUUAAAAAACAAAUUUUAUAAAAAAUAAAAAAAAUAAAUUGAAAUUAGCUGGUUGAUUUUUUAAAUAUUAAUUCAAGAAAUUAAUAGGAACAGUGCAAAACGUGUUUAAAUAAUAUUCUACUUGCUAUUUUUCAUUAAAUUAUUGUCAAACUAAUUUAUCAAAUUUUCCUAUUAAAAAAUAAAAUUUGUUCCAAUUUAGAGGGGCUAAAACACCAAAAAAGGAAAUUUUACAUAUUUUGUUCCAAUUUAAAGGAGGGAGUAAGCGUUAUAGUAAGUGCUAACUAUACUGCUAAUUCAGCUGUCUAUACAGGUAAUUAUUAUUUAGACACGAAAACUAUUGCUUUGACUAUUAAUGCUCACAGCUUACUUACUUUACAAACAAAUUCAAUCCCCGCAACUGAAACUUCUUGCUUCGUUACCACUUCUAAUAUAAGCCAAGACUGCGAGCUUACUGACAGCCUUGACACUAUUUUAGGAAUAAAUUCCAGCCAAAGGCAGCCUUAUACUUUACUAACCUCACCAACAGACUCUUCAUACUCAAUUACAAGUGAUAAUAAAGUGAAAUGGGGUCGAUCAUCAGAGACCACUACAGCACCAUCAAAAGCUAUUACAGUUGUUGUCACUGAUACGCUUGGCGCCGUUAUAUAUCUAACACCCUUCCAAUUUUUCCCUAAUUAUCAGCCUAUAAUAUCUUCAUUGUCUCUAACAUCAUUUGAAUCAAGCGCUCAAGUCGAAAAUGCCUAUUUAAAUUCAUACUGGGAAAGAUCUUUCACCAUAACUGAUGGUCCAUUAACAUAUCCAGGAAGUUUGCCUAUAUCAAGUUUAGUUAUAUCAAAUGACUGGAGCGAAGUUAUUUAUAAUGAUAACGGCGUCUUAAAGUGAACACCUAUAAAUAGUGCUCUGGUAGGGAAAUAUGUGAAGAUUACUUUAACUUAUACUGACACUAGAACGCCACCUUCUAUAGUAUCCAAAUCUUAUAGCAUUGAUGUUUACAGCAACACUCCUCCAUCCAUGGCGCAGUCCAUCCCUAACUCUGAUCUAAUUUGCAUAAUAGACGAACUCUAUAGACUAAAUCUGCAGAACUACAUAGUUGACUCUGAUUCAAAUGAUUGAGGAUUUCAACUAGUCAGCCCCACUACCCUAUCAAUGCAGGUUACAGGAUCAGUUUUUUCAUGAACUCCUACAGCUGACUUGAUUGGAACUUUCGUUGCAGUCAACAUCACGUUUUGGGACAUUCCCUCUUAUGGAUUUAAUUCUAGAAUCAUCAAUUUUAAUGUUCAGCCUAAGCUUUGUUUAAUCCUUACAAACUCUAUUGCAGACUUUCAGAAAUAUUUUAGAGCACAAGUACAAAUUUGUUCAGGCUCGACUUAUUUUAAAAUUUCUUGGUUAAAAUUUGAACUUACUUCUCCAGAUUUGCCAUCAGAUUUUAACAUUGACCAGAAUUAUGGAGAUAUUAUAUGGCUAAGCCCUAAUAGUGCUUUAAGUUUCAAUGUGAAGGUUUCUUAUAUUAAUUCAAAUCUAUUUUAUGACAACAGUAUUACUCAAACGUUUCAAAUCACAAUAAGGCCAACAUCAAUAUACCCACAAUUUGGGAGUAGUAUUCCUAUUGCUGAUAGUAUAAAGACUGCUAAUUCAGGAAGCUUAUGAAGUUUAGAUGUCACUUGCUGGCAUCCAUUAGAAGGUGUAAGCAUUACUGUUUCUACAAAUAAAAUGGCAUACUCUGUUAGCGGAUCAGCUAUUAGCUGCUCAUCAACUGGCUGCUCAUCUGCUACUCUUAACUGAACUCCAACUGAUACUGAUUUAGACUCGGGCUUGGUGGUGUUAAGCUGUACCACAGAAACAAGUAGCAUAACUACAACAUAUGCAUUUAUUCUUGCUCCAAUAUAUAGAACAAGAACCACUCCAAAGUGCACUGGCGCUACCUUAAGUCUUACAGAGUAUUCAAACUAUAACUAUCAAAUGAUAUGAACUGAUCAGGAUGCAUUAUUCCACGAUAUCACAAUAUAUGAGACUUCUCCUAGUGGUCUUGCUAAUUUUACACUUUAUAAGUGAGGGUAUUUUGAAUGGCACCCAGUUGAGCCUCACAGUGAUUUUCAAAUGGGCUUGACUAUUCAAGAUAAUUAUACUACAGGCAAUUGCUAUUUGACAUUAAAUUUCGGAUUUGACUAUCAGGAACCUUGGAUAACAAAUGCAAUUAAUGCUAAAUAUUGCGAUGGUGAUCAGCCAAGUCCUUGCGCCAUUGAUGUUAGUCUUCCAAUAGCUGGAAACGUUAAAACAUAUAGUAUAAAUGAUACAAAUAAUUUCAUAAACUAUGCCACUUCAAAGGCAACUUGGGGCCCAAGCAUAGUUUUACCAUACGUGUAUAUUGAGUAUAGCGGAUUUGGAUAUCAUGGAACAAACGCUAAGACUACAACAAUGCUGUGCCAAGGAGUUCAAUGCAGAUUAUGGCCUGUGAUUCUUUAUAUUGACAGUCCUAGUGUUGGUACCUUGUGCACAAAGUCUGGUGAUUCUUUAACCUGCCAAGUGUUUUCUCCAGCUUCUCAGUUGAUUCUUAAUAUUCUUGGUUAUAACUUUGGAAAUAUUCCUCCUAGUGUUUGAGUUGGCAAUAAGGAUUGCUCAGUAAUAACUUCCACAGAUACUACUAUUUCCUGUACUAUCCCAAUGCCAACUUUUGGAUAUGCGCAGAAUUUGUUGAUCAUUGUAAAGAGAAAUGAUAAAGACUAUACUGGGUCGCCAAAAAAAUGGUUUAAUUAUUAUCAAAGCGCUCAGCCAAUUUUAUAUCCCCCAGCUAUAUCGCCAAUUUAUAUGUACCCAGACGAUGAUAGCAAUAUUAUAGUGCCUCUGUGAGCAAAUUUUAUACUGCCUAUAUGUACUUGCCAAGCAGUUGGAGGAGGAAGCACUUUAUAUGGAAUCUUUUCUUUUCAAGGCACAUAUUCUGAGUGCUCAUUUUCUUCUUCCGUUUUUGUAGCUAAUACAGAUUAUAAUAUACAGUUAGAGCCCGUUCCCGGCUAUAGAUCGGGCUAUGCCCGAUCUUUGCAGAGAAACUCGGGGGGUUGUCUGCGUCACUUCGAGGUGACGAGUCAACUCCCCGAAUUGGCAAAUCACUUAAUGGUGGCUAUUUGUCAACUCGGGGAGUUGAUUCGCCACCUCGAAGUGACGCAGACAACCCCCCGAGUUUUCCUUGCAAAGAUCGGGCAUAGCCCGAUCUAUAGCCGGGAACGGGUUUUAUGCUGUAGCUCAUGCAGUUCUCAAAACUACCUUAUUCAAAUAGCAGACAUAAAUUUAAAUAUAGAUAGUAACUCAAAUUUCGGGCAUAAUCACGGCUUAUAUGACGUUACUACAACUAUGACUUUUGGGGGGACUUAUACAGUGUCAAAUAUAAUAUAUAAGCUUGGCAAUAGAUAUUUUUCAUUUAGCAGCCUAAAUAGUGUCUCACAAAGUGAGUUUACAUUCCAAAUGCCGCCUUACUCAGAAACCAGCUCUAACCCGUUCUUAAGGGUCUCACUUAAUCAUGGUCUAACCUUUUCUUCUGAUUCUCAAUCAAAAAUUUUUACUUUUGUAGGGCGUUGCACGCUUGGCCAAUAUAUAGAUGGUAACAAUUGCGUUGCCUGUCCUGCAGGCUCAAAAUGUACAAGCGUUUUUUCUUCAGCGACAAUUUAUUAUUUUUCUCCUGAAGUGUGUGAUCUUGGCUAUUUCCAAGCCAACACUGGACAAUCUUCCUGCACUAUUUGUCCCAGAGGUCAGCAAUGCUAUUGCAGAGGAAUGGUCGCUUCAGUUAAUUGUGAUGCAGGAUUUAUGUGCGCCGCUGCAGGAACAGUAAAGAGAUAUAAGCCAUGCGUUGAUGGCAGCUGGUGUGAUGCAGCAAUUACCAAUGAAACAGAAUCGUUUUACCAAAAUGACAUGCCCACUGAAAUGAAUCCAAUCAAAUGUGAUAAACAAAGCUACUGCCUGUAUGGAGUUUAUUCACACGUGAUUGAUACCACUGAUCUUUAUAAAGCUCAGCCUUGUGCUGAUGGAUACACUUGUGAUAUAGGCAGUAAAAAUAAAUACGGGAUUCUAAUGUGCCAAUCUGGGUAUUUUUGUAUUGAUACUUCUGGAACAAUAACAGAUCCAGAUCUUUUAAAAUUAGACUUGAGUAACUGUUAUGGAGCUUUCUGCCCAUGCCCAAAGGGCUAUUUUUGUCCAUCAACGACAGAGAGAAAGCCUACAAUGUGCAAUUUAGGAUAUUAUCAGGAUAAAAUAGCUCAAGCUAGUUGCGAUCCAUGCCCUGCUGGCUACUAUUGCCCACAAUCAACAAGCUCACCACCAAGUGCAACAGUGUUAUGCCCUAACUCCCCCCCUCCGUGAGUGAGCAAAACCAUUAGAAAAAUCGCUAUUUUUUUGCCCAAAAACCCACCCUCCGUGAGUGAACAAAAAUUUUUUGUGAAAAACAAUUUGAUAUAUAAGUGAUAAUUAGUAUAAUGAAAUCUAGAGCUAAUUCUGUUUAAUUUUAAACAAUUGCUUUUUAAAAGAUAAAUUUUAUAAAUUAAAUUAAUAUUUGCUUUCCAAUUUUUGUGAAUUAGGAUUUUUUUUAAAUUUUUUUAAAAAAAAAAAUUAAACCCCCCUCCGUGAGUGAACAAAAUUUUUUUGUUCACUCACGGAGGGGGGGAGUAGGGCUAUAAAUGCCCAGCGCUAAGUUCAAAAUAUAUAGCGUGCGUAGUAGGGACUUAUCAAGAUCAAGCAGGAGAAAGCGACUGCGCUCUUUGCCCUAUAGGAGCCUAUAUCAAUCAAAUUGCUCAAACAAGCUGCAAGAUAUGUGAUAAAGGCUAUAUAUGCCCAGUAACAGGAAUAUCUACAAAUAAGGUUGAUUGCCCCAUCGGGUAUUAUUGUGUUGCUGGAACAAAUCAUAUGGAAAACGGUUGUGACCCUACUUUUAUAUCAAAAUCUACUGAUACUUUAGUUUAUCCGAAUGCAUGUGAUGAGGGAUAUUAUUGCCCUAAAAAUUCAUAUAAUGCAAAGCCAUGUGGCGUCAGAACUUAUAAUGGUGACACUUGCAAAGCAGCUUGUGUAAGCUGCCCGAAUGGAUAUAUGUGCAGCGAGGCAGGCAUGUCAGCACCUACUCCAUGCCCAGCAGGGUAUACAUGUGUAACCUUCACUCAAGCUCUUUGCCCUCCUGGAUAUUACUGCUUAACAAAAACUGAAACAACUGAUCCAACAUCUUCUCUUGAGAAUAGACCUUUACCUUGUGCUGCCGGGCACUAUUGUGUAGGAGGUAACACCUGAGGAGUUUAUCUGCCAAGUGAUGAUAACUCUGCAUCAGUUUGUAGCAUUGGACAAUUUAUGAACCACACUGCUGCUUCUUCAUGCUAUACUUGCCCAGGAGGCUAUGAGUGCCAAUCGAAUGCUUUAACAGAGCCUUCUUUGUGUCCAGGUGGAACAUACCGUCCUGAAGGGCUAACUCCAAUAAACUGUGUUCAAUGCGCUGAAGGGACUUAUAAUAACAAUACAGGGUCAUCAGAUCCAGGUGACUGCAUAAAUUGUCCUGCAGGUAUAGUAUGCACUUCAUCAGGAAUUUCCUGGCUUAAUAGCUCAAAUACAGAAGAAUGCUCUGGUGGCUAUUAUUGCCCGGCUGGUACAAGUCGUGGGACAAAAAACAGCAAUAGAUGUAGUGAAGGGUAUUAUUGUUUCAGUGGCACCAAAUCAUAUGAAGAAUCAUUAAACAAUGUAUGCCCUGCUGGGAGAUAUUGUGCAGCUGGAACAGCAGCAACUGAAGAAGCAUACGAGAAAUGUCAAACCUCAAGCGAUUGCAGCAUUGGUGUUGCCUGCACUCCAGGAUAUUAUUGCCCUUAUGGAGUCACAACCAUGCAAAAAUGCCCAGUAGGAACGACUUCUAGCUCUGGAGCUAUUAGCAUAAAAAAAUGCUACAGAGAUACUUCGAACUUUUACGAUGUGUCUAUAUUAAAAACAGCUGAUGCAUAUCCAGUGUAUACUAUUGAGCCUAACACUUAUCAAGAAUUCAUACUGAAUUAUACAAGCUACUACAAUGGAGCUGUCGUACCAGUUGAUCUACAACAAACGACUAUUAUAACUCCUGUUGACUCUAGCGGAAGAAGGUUAUCUGAUGACAAAUCCACAAGAGUCCUAAUUAUAAGUCACCAGAACUAUGGGACGAAACAAAGUAUUCCUAUAAACAACGUUGAGGAAUACGUUCUAAAUGGAGAUAGAACACUUGUUUUAGGAAUCCACUCUAAUAUUAGAGCUGAGGUAAAGUUUGAAUUGGAAUUUUUAGACGGAGAAUAUAACUCAAAGUCCAGUUGGAUAACGACUGACACGAGUGUAAGCACAAUGAACCAAAUAUCUUCAGUUACUUAUAGCGCUGGAUUUUUGUGUGUGAUUACAAGAAAUAUUGGUUCUCUAAUGAGUGAUCCAAUAAAUUUGUAUAAGAUAUUUCAACUAAAUUCAAGCUAUAAACCUGUCGAUACAUACAUGAAUUGGGAAAAUCGCUUUUACCUUACGCUAAUAACGAAUGAUGCUGAAAAUGCUGACUGAGUCAAAAACUCUACUAGUCAAUAUUCUUAUUCGAUAUGGGAUAACUUAACUGUAAGUUCAUAUCCUACAUCCUAUAUUCCUUAUGUAACAGAUUGCUAUCCAAGAUAUGGCUCAACUCUUUCUAUUGUAAACCUAAUCAACGAUCAAAUGUGCACUAAAGUUGCAAAUCCAGUCCCUGUUGACCUUUAUGGGUUUUUUACUGAAGUUGUAGGGGACAGCUGCUCUUACAAGCUAUCAUGUGACUAUGGACUAGAUCUAUCAAACUUAAAUAGACAAGCUCGUUGGUAUGAAGCAGAAACCGCUAAAAAUAAUGCAAAAGGAUCUUCUAAGCAAAAAUAUCCACCUUUUUAUAUAACGAGGCAAAUGGUUUCAAGUGACGAUAUACCAAGCUUAACAGAUUUGUCUUCAAAUAAUACAGAUUUAAUUCCUAUAAGAGUAUCCUGGGAACUUGGGGGAACUGCAUGGGUAGCUGGAGAUGUGCCGAGCUCUAUAAGACUUGAGCUAGGAUAUUACUUAAAAGGAAGGCACUCCAAAGAAAUUCUCGUAGGGAGCAUGAUUUUUUCAGAUUUUAUCGCAGGAAAAUCAUUUACAGAUAACACAGUUUAUUCGUUUACUUUUAAAUUUUCAGCAUUAUCAUGGAUAGAUACAUUUGAUUAUAACGGAUUUGCAGCUAAUGAAUAUGUAUGGCUGCUGUUUUUGGCCACACUAGGCGUUCUCUCUUCUAUUUCUGUGCUCUUACUAUUACCAUCACUAAUAUGAUGUCCAGCAUCUCGCAAAAAUCGUGGAAUUAUAUAUAUAAAACAGCAAAUAUUAAACUCGCUGGCUGGGUUUGCUGUGAUUGCAGCCCCGCUGUCUAUAGAGAUGUUUGGGCUAUGGUCGUUUUUUGUAUGGGGAGGAGUUUUGAACUAUGAACUCGGCAGUUUUCAAGAUAAAAUUCCUAUCACAAAUUCAGAUGAUGAUCGAAUUACAACUUACCAAGCAGGGAGACUUGGAACUUGCUUUAUAUUGCUAGGACUUGCACUUGUUAAAUGGGGAACCGAUUUUUUAGUUCCUCCAAAUAUCCAAACAGGCUUUUCUUAUCAAGAAGAAAUACAGAAAUACAAAGAAGUCGAAGAACUAUCAAGAAGACAAGGACAAAUUGUUGGCUACACUGUCCUUACAGCUAUUAUUGGGGUAAUUUUAGUUUCUAUCUCAGACAGUCCAGUUUUUCAAAAUUAUUAUUUUUUAAUACUCCCUGCUUUAAAAAUAGUCGAAUAUUUGUUUGGGCUAAUGGCUUUGAGAAGCGUAAAAGAGCAGCUUUAUUCAAUGCCAAUUAGGCUUGGAAUGAAAAUCUCAAUCUACACUAUGAUGCUUGGUCUUGAUAAGCUUUCUGAAAUGAUAAUAGCAUUUGUAAUCAUUUUUGUGAUGAGAAUACUUGAAGAAAGCAUUUUUGUUAAAUAUCACCAUAUGUACAUACUAAGUUUUAUAAGCAAAGGGUUUGAGAAAAGUAGCGAAUUAAGACCAAAAGAUAAAAGGUCAAGAAGGAAGUAUAUUAACGCGAUAGCAGAAGUAGGCGACAAAUGUAUGAAUAUUAUGAAUUCCUGGAUAUUCCCAUAUUCUGUUUUGUUUAUAUAUGCGUUUUACCAGUUUACUGCUUAUUCUAUGAUACAAAUCCACUACCUUUAUUUUUUUAUUUUUGUUAUGUUUUUUGCAGCCUUGGAGCCAGUAAUACAGAUCUUGAUUAAUUAUUUGAGAAUUUUAUCAGAUAGAACAUAUUUUUGUCCUGACAUACAUGAAUAUGCUGAUGUCAAUUUUAGGCAAAGGAUGUCCACUUGGUCUUUAAGCUUGAUAAAAAUCCAUGACGAAUCCUUAGAUCUGUCUAAGCAAGUAGAAAAAUUAUUCUGCACUGGGUUUAGUGGCCAAUUGUAUAUAAUUCUUGCUAUUUUUAGCCUUGGUAUUUUCAUGUUUACUAUUGGGCUUAAAUUUAUAAGUUUCAACAGUUUUUCUCCAUUUCUUGACUACUGGAUGUUCUUAUAUGGAUUAUUUGCGUACGUCACAAGCUUUAUCCUAAAGACUUUUGUUCAUCAAUUAGGAACCAGAUUUGUCUGGAAAAUAUCCAAAUUAAAUAGACUCUACCAAAAGGAUGCAAGAGGGGAAAUCAUAAGAUCAAGAGAAGAUUAUAUUCAAGAUAGAUUUAUGAAAGCCUCUUUGGACAAUAAUCUAAAAGAAGAAUAUACCGAUCAAGAAAUAGGAAUUGGAGAAACCAGUGAAGAGAUCAUUAAACUUAUUAAGGAUUGCUCAAAUCGGUCAUUAAUAAGCUACAAAAUAGGUGAGAGAAUGAAUAAAUUUGAUUUUAUAAAUAGAGUUGACAAGGAAAGAAUUUUUGGCAGCUUUAUGAGAAGAGCAGAUGCAUUUUCAUCAGCCUUUUUGAGAGAUAGAAUUAACAAUGUCUCAGAUCCAGUUUAUAAGAUCUCAUUGAUAACAGCUCAAAGGUUAAAAGAAAACAAAAGCCUCCCUAAGUUUCCUGUAGAGUUAGUAUAUGAUUGGAAACAAGCAGACGAUUAUAGCAAUCAAGAAAUAUUAACAUAA